AUGGACGAGUCGGAGUUUGUGGUUGUUGAAGAAGGUCAUAACGAGGAAGUUAAAGUAGCUAUUUCUGACCUAAAGGAGGCUGAGCAGGCAUAUAGGGCUGCACAUGAUGCUCUGGUGAAGUCAAACAUCCUAUUGCAGGACACAUUAAGUUUGACAUUAGAGCUUGCUCUAAAGAAAAUCACUCCCGAUUUCGCAUCCGAUACGGAUGAAAUAACUAAGAAAAUCAACGAAUCAUUGUAUUCUUCUACGGAAGCUGUUCUACGCGACCAUGUUAAGAGUCUUUGCUCUAAAUUAGUUGCCGUGAACGAUGAAUAUGAAAAACUCGCCAAGAAAUUCAAAGCCUUCAAGCCGCCAGAAUCUUUCGAGCCUAUGCCACAUCUCGAGCGUCUCGCUACCAUCCUUGAUCAAAUCGAUGAACUUCUACCUAACGAGGGUACCCCAGCUGAGGCUCCGAGUACCGACAUUGAGAAGUUGUGCGCCCGCGCGGAAAGCAUUAGGGAUCGUGUGGGGCUUGCCUUGGAGGCCUCUGGUGAUAAACAACUCGAUACGAAACCCGAAGUCAUUCGCAACGUCUUCGAGGAGCCGCGCGCCCCUUUGUCAGAAUCAGAAAGCCAAAUGAGCCACCACCAAUCACCGUCCAGACUAAAUUCCACUUACCAACCUGACCCACACAUUGGCAGCACCCGCCGUAGCUUAUUCGUCGAUGAUGACGUUCAACUCCCCCUUGGGCACGUACAGCGCCUGAAAAAAAAGCUCAUCGUCUCUCUCGAAGAGCGAUCUAAUCAUGUGCCAAGCGACCUUCGUGUCUUGCCGAAAAGGAUUCCUGGUGCGAAAGAUCUGUUCGGCGGCACCCGUGAUACCGCCUCGCAGAUCACCUCUCCUGCCCCCCUCCCACUGAAAAGGCCACCAACUAAGUCCGAGGCCAUUUCUCUCCGCAAGAGUAUCGCGUCGCUAGCAGCAGCAGCUGCUCUACAGCGAAACGAGUCCGUGAGGGCUAAGGAGGUUAUUGUCGAUGGCUGCGGUGGUGAACGCAUUCACGUCGUCGCUUCUCCAACCCACAAAUUAGUGUCAGCACAAACACAGACUGAGCUGGCUGGCGCUUGCCCCUGGUGGGGGGUGAUGUUAGAUGGUCCUGUUUGGCGGCCGAGGUCCAUGUCAUUCUCAGCUGCGUCGUCAGGAAUCGGAAUGGACGAUGGGAGCAAUUUUCAGGAAGAAUUUUCGUCGGUUUCCAAAAACUGUUGGGUCUGCUGCAAACACAGUGCUGCGUUUGCUGGUGGUGGUGGUGCUGGUUGUGGGAUAAAUCAACUUCAACCAGGAGGCAUCGGUAGUACAACUCCUGAUUUACUUAAUGAGAUCAGUCGAAUGAUCCGAGAGGAAGUAACAUCUGUGUUACAGGUAGAGAUGGCUAAUAUUUUGGAUCAACAGAGGGAUCUAAUUCAGCAGGCUAUAAAGCCACUUGCUGAAGAAAAUCAGGCGGAUCGUAAGCCAUCGGGAUCUCAAGGGCAACCCCUCCAAAAUUCUGCCAGUGCCGCUGCAUACCCAGAAUUUUCAUCGUCCUCAGACACCCCACUACGUGAAUCACAGUUGCAACAGCCAACUGCUCUGCCGCUGGAGCACUCCUUCCAUAACUCUCCGAGCUUUUUGCCUGAAGAAGUGAGUUUUUGA